AUGCGAAGGUUCCCGAUUCCUCCCACCUCUCCGAAUCAAGUGAUAGUCUUCGAGGAUUCUCCCAACGGAGGUAAGGGUGCUAAGGCCGCAGGAAUGCUGUGCGUAAUGAUCCCAGACCCGAAAUUUCGCCAACGGGCCGUCGACCUUAAUGUAGACAAAAUACUAUCAAGCCUGGAAGAUUUUGUUCCGGAGGAGUUCGGCUUACCGUCAUUCGACUAG